AUGACGACAGCAAUCGUAAUGAUCUUUUGUGCACUUGUCGCCUUUGUUGGCUUCAUCUCCGAAGUGGCUGCUGCGCCGCUCAUCGAGGGUUCUUGCGUAGGCACAGAUGCCGCACUCCAGUGGCUCGAGCCAAGACUAUCCAACAACUCCGCAAUCUCAUGUCUUGGGCAGCCUCUCCAGCUACAUAAUGCUAACCGCUAUUGGGGUACGCAAUUUGGCAAGAACGCAUCCGUUGUCAUCUAUCCAGCAACGACGCAAGAUGUCAGCCGGGUGGUAGAGGCCGCCAACUGGUCUCAAUAUGGAACUGACUUUUCUUUUGUUGGCGGUGCACAUAGCGAGAUCAACGCUAGCAGCAGCUAUGGGAUGGUCAUGGAUUUGUCGUGGAUGAACAGCUCGAGAUUGAUCCUCAACUUCACUGAAGGUAGCGGCAGCGAGCCUUUUGUUGCUGUCGAGUACCAAGGUGGUGCAAACUGGGGCCAGGUUCAAACCGUUACUAAUGGAUCCGGAUACACUGCUAUUGGUGCGCGAGUGGCCAAUGUCGGCGUUGGCGGCUUCUCCCUCGGGGGUGGUAUCGGCUUCCUUGCUGGCGCGUACGGCUUCGCCAUAGAUCGUGUUGUGCAGAUGGAAGUUGUUAUCCCUACUGGUCGAAUUGUUACUGCGACAAGGACAAACAGGUACUCCGAUCUCUUUUGGGCGCUGCAAAGCGGCAGCGGCCAGUUUGGCAUCGUCACGCGGUUCUGGCAGCGCGCGAUCCUCGAGCCGAAGAAGAGCACCAUUGCCUUUUACUACAUCCAGGACAGUGAUGUCUCGCGGCUGCGUCAGCAAACUGUCGAGUUCUUCAACACGAACACGGACCCUUUCAGCCUUGUGUACUACAGUUUCGGCUACUUACCGGAUACCCUCAUCAGCCCAACGGCGGAAAGUUACGGGAAGCGCACGUUGCUCAUCACUGUCCAUUUUGACGAUCCAAACAACGCGAGUCAACUAGACAACACGGCGUCCUUUGCAAGCUUACUUAACGGCAUUGACAUUUCGAGGGGGGGGGCGAUCCCGACUGAUUACUACGCAAACCUGGCUUUCAUCAGCGAACCUGCCUAUCCGUACGGGUACCGACGAGGAUUUUAUGGUGGGCAGACGUCUGAAAUCGACGUCGACUAUCUUGCCAAGAUGACCGACACUUUUUGGAAAUAUGUCGACACACUCAUCGAACGAGGCGAGCACCCCUACUCCGCCUCGUUUGUCAUGCAAUACAUGUACCCGGAGUUGAAUGGAAAUCUUCCCAAGACAGAUCACGAAACUGCGUGGCCGCAUUCUUCCGUGGGCCACCAAACGCUCUUCACACCAGCUUACCUGCACGCCGAAAACGACGGGCUCACAAUCGCCGCCGUGCACGAGCUCAAUGCUGUCACCUACUCCCAGCAGAAGAAGGUCAAUGGCACAUUUUUAGCCAAUUAUCCCAAUUAUGUUUCGCCUGGUGACACAGGGUAUCGCGUCUGGGGUCACAACGUGAAGAAGUUGGCCAAGAUCAAGGAAAAAUACGACCCGCGUUGCUUGAUUCACAACGGGCGAGUCUUUGCCAGCCAUGGAUGUAAAAUGGCAGGCUGGGCGAAUGUCUUUGGCAAUUGUUCAUAA